GAUUACGGACGCACACCAGAUCUCACAACAAUUCCUUUUUGUCAAUUACAGGGGUAACAGGUCUUCAAGAUGGAGUCUAUACCGAUCCUCGAACAAAACGCUUAUCGACUUCUUGAAAGUGGACACCCUGCGAGUGCCCUCCAGCUUGUGGAAAUCCUGUGUGAGCUACAGUCAACCGCGAUCAGUCAUCAGGCUCUCCAAAUUCGCUGCCUCUACGAACUUCGAGAAUACGACAAUGUGCUGAAACUGGCGAAGCAGAUAACACUGCAGAGCAAUGAAGGAAGAGAGGCUCAUCUGUGCGCGAUGAAAGCUGCCUUCGAGCUGGGGGAAUUGAAGACUUGCGUCCAGUACGCCGAAAACCUCAUUGCUGCGGAUUUCUCGCCCGUCAUCGCCAUGUGCUACAUCGCCAAGACAGCAGAGCUCUCCGGCGAUGCAGGGAAAGCAAUCCGUUUUUAUAAAAUGGCUCUCGCAGCGGACCCUUUUUGCGGAGAAGCCAUCAGCGCUUUUCUUGAGCGCAACCUUCUGGACAGAAGAGAAGUGGUGAGAAUCAUAGACUCCCUCAUUUUGCCAGAAGAGGCUGAAGUGUAUCGACAGGCGCUGAAGGCGCGUGUUGGGCCCGAAACUGUAAAUUUCUCCGAUCCCGGGAUCCCAAAAACGCUGGUCUUGCUCGCGAGUGCGAAGCGAGAGUACGAAAGCAACAAUUUGCGACAAGCGCUAUCGUUAACAACGGAGAUUCUCGAGUCGGAACCCUAUCACCGCGAGACCCUUUGCUUACAUUUGUGUCUUCUUGUCGACUCCAAAGCCACACCGAUGCUGUUUGAAAAGGCACACUUUCUGUCCAAAAAAAAAUGCUAUACUGAACUAGCAGUGUACGCUAUUGGGUGCUUCUACUUUUCGCUCUCAAAUUAUGAACGUGCUGGACGCUAUUUUAGCCGAGCUGCGGAGCUGGACUGCUAUUUUGCUGAAGCGUGGGUUGCCUAUGGGCACUGCUACGCCAAGCUUGAGGAAAGCGAGCAGGCGUUGAACGUGUAUCGGCGUGCAAUGAACUACUUCCCGGGACUAAAUGCGUGCUGCACGUAUGUAGGCAUGCAAUAUAGUCGCGUCCAUCAACGCCCUGUUGCCCGUUGUUUCUUCGAAGAGUCCCUACGAAAGAAUCCCCACGACUCGCUUGUGCUGAAUGAACUGGGUACCCUUGCGAUGCGUUCCUUGAAUUUUGAGGAGGCGCUUCAUUUUUUUCAGGAGGCCUAUGACAGUCUGCCAAACCGUGAGAAUCCUUCAGAGCACGAAGAUUGUAUUGUGUUCAAUCUGGCGACCGUGUUCCGGAAGCUGAGACAGUACGGAACAGCCAUCCAGUACUAUAGCCAGUACGUUAGGAGUCGCCCGAACGCCAGCCACGGCCACUGCGCGUUGGGCUUCACCUAUCACCUUUCCGGUAAUAUAGAAUCGGCAAUUGGAUGUUACCACACUGCCGAAAGCAUCAAACCGGAUUCGUUCUGCCGGGACCUCCUCCGUCGCGCACUAGACCUCGACUUUGGAACGCGUGGUCGCUUUUCAUGGGAGGCUGAUAUGCCGUACCCGUCACCAUCGCCUGGAGACGUGUCGUUUUCUACCGUGUCUCGACGACUGCGCUCAGAGUCAACUGUGGCGGACAGCGUUGCCGCCUCUCCAACUCCAAAUGUUGGUAGAAGUCUAGAUUUUUAG